AUGGUGAAGGACUGCCCACAGCUAAGGAUAACUUGUAGCAAUUGUGGGAAGUCAGGGCACGUUGCCAACGAGUGCUGGGCCGCCAAGAGAAGCGGUAGUGCAAGUGUAGCUCAGAGGCCAGAAUCAAGAGGAAGUACGGGGCUAGGUACGGGGCAGAAGCCGAGCAUUCCUGCCAGAGUCUUUGCUAUGAGUGGGGCAGAGGCUUCACAGUCAGAAGAACUGAUCCGAGGUAAAUGCAUUAAGGAUCGACUGCUUGAUGUGCUGUUUGAUUCGGGUGCUACGCACUCUUUUAUAUCUGUGGACUGUGUGAAGAGUCUGAAUCUGUAUGUGACGGAAUUGCCAUGUAAUGUUGUGGUGACUACCCUUACGGGUAAGCCGGUUGUGACAUCACGGGUCUGUUUGGGUUGUGCAAUGAUGGUACAUGGUAGGGAGUUUGAGGUGGACUUAAUUUGUUUACCUCUUUCUCAACUGAAUGUUAUUCUGGGAAUGGAUUGGCUUACUGCCAACCAUGUGCUGCUGGACUGUAGGGAGAAGACUUUGAUCUUCGGUGCGACAAUGACAGAGGUUCCAAGGCUUAUAAGCUAG